UCUCGUGACAAUAAACAAAAUGGAGUCCCCAGGAGGCUGUGUUGGUUUGGUCUGUAUACUUUUUGCAGUAACAGCCUCUGUUGCUGUAAAGUAUGAACCGAACUGGGCUUCCCUAGAUUCCAGACCGCUGCCACCGUGGUUUGACGAAGCGAAAGUGGGAAUAUUUCUGCAUUGGGGUGUUUUCUCCGUCCCCGCAUACAAGUCAGCUUGGUUCUGGUAUUAUUGGCAUAACAGGGAGAAAUCGUAUGUGGAAUUCAUGGAAGACAACUACCCACCCAGCUUCACAUAUGCAGACUUUGCUCCAGACUUCCACGCUUCCCUCUACGACCCAGACUACUGGGCCGACAUCUUUGAAGAUUCUGGGGCCAAGUAUGUUGUUCUUGUAACAAAACACCAUGAAGGUUUCACAAUGUGGCCAUCUAACCAUUCCUGGAACUGGAACGCUGGUGACAUUGGGCCAAAGAGAGAUUUACUGGGAGAGCUCGCUGCUGCUGUGAGGAAGAAGAAAGACCUCCACUUUGGGGUUUACCAUUCCCUUUUUGAGUUUUACAAUCCACUCUUCCUGCAAGAUCAACAAAAUCAUUACCGUACUCAGGAAUUUGUCAUGACUAAGACCAUGCCAGAGCUUUAUGAACUUAUCAAUAAUUACAAACCUGAGAUCCUGUGGUCCGACGGAGACUGGAUGGCACCAGACACUUACUGGAAUUCCACCCAAUUUUUAGCUUGGUUGUACAACGAAAGCCCCGUAAAAGAUUACAUUGUGACCAAUGACAGAUGGGGAUCAGGACUAGCCUGUAAACAUGGCGGCUACUGGAACUGCAAAGACAAGUACAAUCCUGGAAAGGUUUUGCCUCACAAGUGGGAAAAUGCAAUGACCAUAGAUAGAAACGCUUGGACACAUCGUCGCGAUAUUGUAUCAGGUGACAUCCUUUCUCUGCAUGAAAUCCUGACUUUCUUGGCGGAAACUGUUAGCUGUGGAGGAAACUUACUGAUGAAUGUGGGUCCAAAUGCUGACGGCCGAAUCAUCCCUAUAUUCGAAGAAAGGCUUAGAGGCUUUGGAGCCUGGAUGAAGAUAAAUGGAGAAGCCAUCUAUAAAUCUAAACCCUGGCACACACAACAGGAUAAUGCUACGCUUGGCGUCUGGUACACUAUGAAAAAGACGGUGAACAUAACUGCUGUAUACGCCAUCGUCCUUUCCUGGCCCACCAAUAACACCCUCCAGCUGUUGGCCCCAGUCACCCAGACCAGCACGGUCAUCGAGAUGCUCGGUGUCCCAGGAAAAGAACUUAAGUAUAUCAAGUCGGUCAACGGAACCAUCGACAUCGCCUUCCCAAGCAUCUCUCCAAAUCAGCUCCCGUCUACAGAGGCCUGGGUUCUCAAAAUGACCAACCUCAAGAACCAGAACGUGUACAAACGUCCAGAUUUCGUUGACCUGGCUAAUGUUGUACCCAUCUACCUUACCCCGAAGCCAUAGAAACAUGUGAUCUGAAUGAAGCUAAAAAACCUACAGUCAAACCUCGAUGAUUCGAACUUCGUUGAUUCAAAUUUCUCGCUGUUUUAACAUUUUUGCUUGGUCUUGAAUUUCCUCACCAUAUAACGCUAUUAAUGAACCAAUGUAUGAUUUGAUUUUUUAUAAAUCGAAGUUUUCAUUGUAUCAAACUUUUUUUAUGGCCCGUUAGCUAGGAUAUUAUAGGUAACUGACAUCUCAUGAUUCGAACAAAAAAUUUACCUGUACUGACCACUGGACAGGUGUUUGUCGUGACCCUCGCGGCAAGAUUUCACACCCCUCCCACAAAUGCCAUGACUGACAAUAGGGAUAACGAUAGCGUGCGUUGUCACUUCCGAUCAUGGGGUUAAUUAAUAGUCAGACUAAACUGAUAGAUAAAUAGUGUAUUUAGAAGCCAUGGCAUUUAAUCACUCCGGUAAACCAUACCGGUAGUCCUCUUUCAGAUGAUCUCCGCCGCCAUUGAAAUCAGCGGUUGGUGAUUGAAUUUCAGGAACAGUAAAACAAGCAGAUCAAUUUUAAACAAAAACAAUUAGCGUUGUCUUCACUCAUAUUCAAAGUGUCACAUUUCAAACUUAUACAUAAAUAUCCAUGUGAAUCGGUUAUUUGUCAUUCAAUCAUACAUUCUCCAACUGAUCGGCAUUCUGUAUUUUAUAUGCACAUAACACAAACACACGUGUCUUUAGCAGAAAAACGUUAACGUAAGUGUGCAUUGUACUUUUGCUUUAUCUGUUAAAUGUGAUAUAAGUGUUUUGUAACAGAUACAUAGUUUGUUUGAUUAAAAAAAGCUUAGGUAUAAUUGAUGAAAAGUAUUUUUAUGGGUUUGGGGUAAAUUAACUAAACGUUUCGAUGUGAGCCUGACAGGCGAUGAUCUACAGGAAGACACCGAGGAAAUGUAACAUUAACAGCUAUGGUCAUUAUCAAGAAAACAUCCAUCUAUUGUCAACCAUGAAUAAUUUGAAGCCCUGCUGUUUUGAAGUUUUUCUGUUAGUCCCUUGAACUUGGAACAUCGAAGUUUGACUGUAAUUCAUUUUGAUCAAUUUCAUUUUACGAGACAUAAUGGUACCAAAGGAUUGAACAACUGCCAUUGCCAAUAUCAGUCCUCUUGAAAUAAUACAGGCAUCAGUUAUUGUCCUGUACGCUUGUAAUCUUCAUAGAUGGAUUGAAAACGGAGAAUUUUUUUCUCAUGGAAAAUUUUCAACACAUUUUAUGUAUCAUUGUAAUUAAUUUUGAAGUAAAAGAUCUGAGUUUUUUCCAAGAUCUGUUUGUAUGUUCAACCAUGUGAGCGAUACAGACCCUCUGAGCCUCUU